UAUAAAAAGUAUCACUGUAGCUUAGCUGAAGAUUUAGGCUUCGUAUCUCUCCGAACGGUGGUUUCCUCCUUCUUCCUUGUUCGGAGUAUCGAGGAAUUGCAAGAAUGACUCAUCGUUCACGCCUUCAACUCUGCAGAUUUCUUCUCGGGAAAUCUCAGGCAUCUACUUCUUCAUCUUCGCGUAGCAUUCGGCGGAUUCAGGACUCUGUUCUGUGGCCAAAAUCUGAGUUUCCCAACGUAUGGCGGGCAGGUGAUCGCCAUUUUUCAAAUCUUAUGAGGAAGAACCCUCCGUUCGUAACUCUUCAGUGUUUGAGGAGGUACAGUGGUGCCUCGGACGACUCGGAGCCCGAAUUCGAUCAGGUCAGAGAGGUGGACAUGAUCAAUCUCAAGUUCGCCGAAGCGAGGGAAGAGAUAGAGUCGGCCAUGGAGUCUAAAGAGACUGUAUAUUUUGAUGAGGAGGCCGAGUGUGCUCGGGAUGCUGUGAAAGAAGUUUUGGAAAUGUUCGAGGGGCUACUAGCGAAGUUGCCCGAGAGCGAAAGGAAGGCGUUGCAGAGAUCCAUGGGGCUGAAGAUUGAGCAGUUGAAGGCCGAGCUUAAACAGCUUGACGAGUAAUUGAGGUUCAUGUAUUUUAUUUUAUUUUUCCCCAUUUUAAAGGUUUCCAAUGGCGAUUCAUUUUUCUUAUCUGAUUGCUGCUUGUCACUGUGAAAGCAAGUCUGGCGUUAAUAACUGAGCUCUAAGGUUUGGAACUGCGAGUAGAAACUUGUUUAGUUGUUUCUUCCUUGUAGUUUUGGAAGAAAAGAUGCUGCUGCUACCGUCCCCCGCCCACCCAAAAAAGAUAUGUUGCACUUCAUUUUUCCAAUCUGAAAUUUGUUCUAAUUUCUAUAUGGUCUGGUCAUCCUAGAUCUUGAUUGCUGUUUUGUAAUUGAACUACCCAUGAAAGCAUCAUAUCUAUAUACAUCUCAAUUCAGUAUGGCCUUGGGGGUAAAAUAGAAAUGUCCUAUUUGAAAUUAUUAGUUUCUUAUUCGA